CUUUCACUUCUCUCUCUCUCUCCUCUUUCUCUCUCCUCUCUGUAAUCUCUCUGUUUUUGCUUUCUUCUGCAAGGAUCUCUGAGUUUCUGUAAAACAAAAACAUGGAAGAAAACAGGACAUGUCCUGUUAAUGAAGAAUCCCAGAUUGUUUUGCCGCCUGGAUUUCGGUUCCACCCAACUGAUGAAGAGCUUAUUUCUCAUUAUCUCUGCAACAAAGUGGUGGAUUCAAAUUUCUCUUGCAAACCCAUUGGAGAGGUUGAUCUCAACAAGUCAGAGCCCUGGGAUUUGCCCUGGAAAGCGAAAAUGGGGGAAAAGGAAUGGUAUUUUUUCUGUUUAAGGGAUAGAAAAUAUCCCACUGGUUUGAGAACGAACAGAGCCACUGAAUCAGGGUAUUGGAAAGCCACAGGCAAAGAUAAAGAGAUUUACAGAGGAAAAACCCUUGUGGGUAUGAAGAAAACUCUUGUUUUUUACUGUGGAAGAGCUCCAAAAGGUGAAAAAUCCAAUUGGGUUAUGCAUGAAUUCAGAUUAGAAGGCAAACCCUCUUCCAUUAAUCUCUCAAACUCUGCAAAGAACGAAUGGGUUAUUUCAAGGGUGUUUCAGAAGAGCUGUGGAGGGAAAAAAGUUCAUAUUUCUGGGUUAGUUAAAUACGGUUCUUGUUCUUCAGCUCUGUCGCCAUUGAAGGAUUCUUCGUGUUCUUCAUCUUCAUUCAAGAUCAAACCAGUUUCUGAAUCGCCUUACGUGCCCUGCUUCUCCAACUCCAUGGAUUCUUCUCAAAGAACCUUACCCAAAAUCACUGAUUUUCCUUUCAGUUUCUCUUCCAUUUUCCCAAGAAACACAAAUCCCAAUUCAUCAUACAAUCCACAGUUCCCAAACAUGGGUAGAACAUUCAAACCAGAGGGAGAAAAAGGGUUAAUUUCUGAUAUGAACAAUGAAAUCUGCUCUGUUGUUUCGAAUCUGGAAAUGGGUCGAUUUCCAUUUGAAAAUCAAGAGAAUCCAUCGGCUUCAACUGUGGCAUUGAAUCCCAACAUGGUGUGGAAUUACUGAAGAAAAUUCCAAACCGAUGCCAUCAUUAUUAUUAUGUGUAAAUGGAGUUGGGUUUGGUGGUUUGAAAGUGAUCUUGGAUCAGUACUUUAAUGGCUUCCGCAGCCAUUGAUGAUGUUAUUAUAAAGAUAAUGGAUGGUCUCUAUCUCCAUCGUCUUCUUUCUUUUUUUUACAAGCAAACAUAAGUAUGUGGAUAUUCGCUUUCAUAUUCAGAUCUUUAUAUGAUAAUCAAGUAAUUAGUGCAUUAGGAAUGAUUAUGAUUAUGAUUAAGUUUAAGUUUUGAUUAAA